AGUUACACGAGAAACGACGUAACAGAACCAUCGACGUUCGCCGUAUCAGAAAUGUGAUUGGCUGAGGCAAAAGCCGCCGGUAGAAACUUUGGUUCUGCACUGUAUCGAUAUCCUCGUGCUGCGGUCGGUGUUGAAGUUUCUUCAUUUGACAGCACAUAUUCAGAUCCUAUGCACCAUGAUUGAUCCAUUAGAAAAUGGCCUGUUUGACAUGCCAGAUUAUGAGCACACAGAGGACGAGACUUUCCCUCCUUUUCCUCCUCCGUCAUCGCCUGGCCGGGGGGACCUUGAGGAGGAUCCUUUUGGCAAUAGAGAGGGUGAGGAGGAUGGAGAAGUGUCAAAACUAGCAGAAGUGCCAGUGGCAAAAAGACGAACGGUGAAGAGGCCUCAGCCGAAACUGGAUGCUAACAGGUUGAUUUCUGAAAAGGGUCUUCCAGCUCUCCGUACCUUAUUUGACGAUGUAAAGUUCAAAAGCAAAGGACACGAAACAGAGAAUCUGAAACUCCUCAUGCAGAAAAUGGAGAACUGGGCCCAUCGUCUAUAUCCUAAAAUGCAGUUUGAAGAGUUCAUUGAUAAAGUAGAGAGUCUGGGAAGCAAAAAAGAAGUUCAGACAUGUCUAAAACGAAUUCGAUUGGACAUGCCAAUAACACAUGAGGACUACGUUGAGGAAGCUGAGGUUCAAGUACUGGAAGAGUCCGAUCCAGCUGGAGACGGAGGUUUCCCUGAAGAUCCGUUUGUCCAUUCUACUCCUGCUCCAGCCUCUCUCACUGAGGAACAGCAGCGGCGCAUAGAGCUCAACAAACAGCUGGCUCUGGAGAGGAGACUUGCGAAGCAGAAACAGUUGGAAUCUUCUCAGAAUUUCAUCCAGGGAGAUGCAGAUGAACCGUCCACCAGUUCUUCAGGACAGAACAUCAGUCAAGAGAAUGAGGGCAUUUUCAAUCAGAGUACCUCAAAUCAAACUCCCCUCAAACAAAAGCCAGCUGUACUUCAGAAUUCCCCUUUAUAUGAUAAUGAGUGUGCCAGCCCUGUUCCAAAUGGCAUAGUUGAUGAUGAUGAUGAUGAUAGCAAUUGAACCAAUCCCGCCUGUUUGUACAAAGAAGACUACAAAUAAAUUGAGGGUGUUUGGGGGAGUAGCAGCUGAAUCAGUUGAGCUUUUUUACAUUUUAAAAUCUUCCCAGUCAUAUGCCAAACAUUUUCUGCAGCUCAUUGGCAUGUUUUGUAAUGCCAUCCCAGGGAUUGAUCACCUCUAAUGGUCUUUCACACACAUUAUUUAGUUCAGCUUGCAUUUUGUUGUAUUAUCUUUUAUCCUCUGUGAGGAUUUUGAAAUAUUGUACUUACAUUCAAAACAUUUUCCAUAGUCUCUUCCUCAGGUUUACAGGGAAUCACAUUCCCUUUUUGCAGAUGAUUAUUACCAUUUCCUUUAUUGUUAGCUGUAGUUUAUUAAAAAGUCCUAAUAUAUGUAAGCACGCAAUAAUGCAGGACUAAAGGGGGUCAUCGCAAAACAAGUGUUAUUGUUAGUUAUGUUGGACAGUUCAGUGUUUCAGUGUCAAUUUUUGUUUUGAUUUUCUUAAUAAAAAUGUUGAUGUAGCACA